UGCCAAACUAUUUUUUUUCUGUUUUUUUCCUUUACAAUUUUAUCCCUCAUUAUUUUGACGCAUUUCUAAUAAUUAUCUGCACUGCACUGCACUAAAAUAAAAUAACAAACAGCAAACAGCUCACAAUGUCAACAAUACACACAGCCGAGUCUGGGCAGACCGUUCUGCUCGUUGCGCGGGCCAGCUCGGAGGCACACAACCUCGACUCACUUCAGAAGCUUCGCGAUGCCCUGCUGGCGCAGGUGGGUAGUGGCGGAAAGGUCGACUUUGAGCAGGUCGAUCGCAUCGAAGAUGGCACUGCAAACCUUACCAGUGCCCAGUACGAUCGGAUCAUUGCAGGCCCGGUCGCGCCACACAUCGUUGAACACAGCAGCAAGGUUCUGGGCAACCUACUUCUGGCGCUCAAGCCCUCUGGAAAACUCGAGCUUAGCGAGCUGAUCCUGGGUGAAUCGGCCAACUUGGAUGCGUCACCGGUCACUCGCUCUCAAAAUGGGCUUGUGCAGCAGCUCAAGUUUGCCGGGUUUGUCGAUGCGGAGGUCGACUGUCGCGAGGAGGUCCCCGAGUCCGUGCUCCAGGAGCUGGCAUCAAACUCCUGGAAGAUCGCCGACCCCAGCUCGUUUGUCUCGCAGGCUGCCGGCCACAUUCUGACAGCCUCAGUAUCGGCGAAAAAGCCGGCGUACAAUGUCGGAGCGGCGAGCGCACUUCUGUCCUUUGGCAAGAAGAGCAUCAACAAGGGCGCGUCCCUGGGUGGCGCCGAAGAGAUGCCCAAGCCGAAGAAAGUGUGGAUGCUCAACGUCGAUUCGGAUGACGAGGCCGAAAUCGAGGACCAGGACGACCUGCUGGAGGAAGAGGAUCUCGUCAAGCCAGAUGCCGCGGCCCUUGCGCGGCCAGAUGGAGAAAAGCCCAAGCGCAAGGCAUGCAAGAACUGCACCUGCGGCCUAGCUGACGGCCUGGAAGUCGAUGAGAGCAUGGGCUGCAAGCCAACACAGGCAGUCAAGAAGGUUGCAAAGCCCGUGGACCUGGUCAAUGUCAAGUCGUCCUGCGGAAACUGCAGCUUGGGUGACGCCUUCCGGUGCUCGUCUUGCCCAUACCUCGGCAUGCCGUCGUUCAAGCCUGGAGAGAAGGUCACUUUGGGCGGAAGCAUGCUCCACGACGACUUUAUGCCAUGAGCCAAGCAACACAAAUAAAAACCACACCACUCACACCCUGUGUCUGUAGUGUCCUUGAUUUUGAUUUUUUCUUUGAAUAUACAAUAUUUUCGGCAUGCUUCAAUUUC